ACGUGACCCGAACAUUGCAGCUUGCUUCGUAAGUUCGUGGUCAAAAAUUGUGUUGAUGUGCGAGAAAAACGCGUGGAAAAUUAUUUAAAAAAUGUGAAAAAAUUAUAAAAAUACAAAAAUACUUUGUUGAAAAGUGUAUUGAACAGUUUUAUAAUAAAGUAUAGUAAAUGCCGAGUACACUGGGGCAAUAAACUGUUGCAGUAUUUUGCGCCAUUGAAUCAGCAGCGGCACAAAAACGAAAACAAUUCAAUGCAGCAGCAGAGGUCGUAGCUGAAGUUAUAGCAACGUAGGGCAGCGUAGGGGCAUAGCAGCCGCAAGUGCAUUGAAAAAUUCUCGAUGAAAAAUAGGUUGAACUGAAAUUACUGUUGGCGAAAAACCCCCAAAGAGGUUUUACAAUUACAUAUAGGUGGUUUUAUUUUCUCAAGUGAAUACAAAGAACUCAAGUUGUGUUGUAUGUGGCAUUUUUUUUUCUUUUUUUUUUUUUUGGCAAAGUGGAGGUGGCAAACUGAGCGAAUUGUGUUUUAUACAGUCGUGUUAACGUUCACGUCCGUGCUCCCAAUAUUGGCGCUUUGAAAAACUACGCAGUGAAAAGCGCAGUAGCAGAGGUAGGGGCCAAGACGGAAGAAGCGUGGCGGUAAAUUCAUCGAUUUUUGUUAUUGCCUCUCGUGCGGGUUUGCGUGCACUUUAGCAAAGUAAAGUAACACCCAGGAGAAGGGUGAAAAAUUAAACAAAGCGCAUAGUGAAUGUAAUUAGAAAAAUAGAAAAACCGAUGGAAAAUAUACAAGCGACGUGUGAAACAUUAGCCAUGCAAAGUGCAAGAAUUGAAAGUGGCGCUAAAAUAGCCUUGUCGCUAGAGGAACAUAAAGAAGCACCAGUACAGGUGAAGUUGCAUGAACCUGUCAACGGGCAACUAAAUGCUUCAAACAAUGGCACUCUGAAUGCACUCGUGGAAAAAGUUGGGCAAAGCGCAGGAGAAGAAAAGGGAAUUCCGCUGGCAAACGCUGUUAAAGUCGAUACACAGCAAACUAAGAAUUUACAAAGUAUUGUAGAUGUUGAUAUGAAAUAUCGCAAUGAUAAAGAUAAAAAUCAUAAAAAGAAAAAGAAGGAGAAGGAUCGUGAAAAAGAUAGAGAACGAAAUCGUGAACGUGAUCGGGACAAAGAACAUGAUCGCGAGCGCAACAAGGAUAAAAUUCGGCAAAAAGAACGAGAUCGCGAGCGCCAUCGAGAAAGGGACUCUACAAAAGAACGUGCUAAUAAGGAACACAAUUCGCACUCUCGAACAUCUUCCGGGGUUAACUGCGACAAAAUAAGGGAAAGCGGAAAUAAACAUGAAAAGUCAAAGCCGAACACUUCGUCGAGCCUAUCUUUCAAGCGUGACAGAGAGAAGCUUCCUUCUGCAGAAUCCACCAUGAGUUCCUUGACCGAGCAUAGACGUCGUAGUUCCGAUAGUAGUCGUGGCAGUCACAGCAGCUCAACGAAGUCUCAUAGCCGAACCAACAUCGCUGUAAUUGGUAAAGAAAUAAAUGUUGCAUCUCAAGAAAUAGCACAGGCUAAGAAAAUCGAAGUCGAAAAACCAAUUUUGCAAAUAAUAAAUACAAUCAAAGUUGAAUUGAAAGAACCAAAAAAUAAACAUCUACAAGUGCCAGAGAAUAAAAUUAUUGAAACGGGCCAACAAGACAUAAAGGAAGAAAAGGAAAAAUUGGAUAAAGAAGUUCCACUAAACAUUAUUUCUGUCAAUGCUAUAACAGAGCCCGCAAAACUAAGUAACGGUAUCAGUGAGGCCGGUCCCAAUGAUUUAAAUAUCGAUAAACCAGUUGCAGCGGUAAAACUAGAAGACAAUGUGAUAACGAACGUUAAAACUGAGUGCAACGGCAAUGCUUCAAAUGGGAAUAUCGCCGAAGGAGGAAUCAAUUGCACAAUCGCAGUAAAAACGCGCGACGAUGUUACGCGCCAAUUAGUUUUCAACAACGAACCCUUUGUGAAUCCCACUCCGAAAGAGGCAAAGGCCGAAACACUUAAUGAUAAUCGAGUGAUCUCACAUACUCCUAAAAUGUCACCAGUGGCUAAAUCGUCUAGUAGCAGCGCGCAUUCGACGUCGACGUCGACAUACAGCUCGAGUGGCCGCAAAUCUUCCUCAUCCAGUAGUAGUUAUCAUCGCAAAAACUCGACAUCUUCAUCAUCCUCUAGUACGAAGCAUUCUUCUUCUACAACGUCAACUUCGACACCGGCAUCAGCGUCGGCAUCGUCAUCGUCAUCUUCCCGCAGUCGCGAUUGUUCUAAGUGCUAUAAGCGUUCAAAAAUACGUCGUGCCAGCGUAGGCACACAAUUUCACCAAAAUGAACCCUUCGUUUUAAGUACUCCACGACGACGUCUACAACGACCACCUGAGGGCUUGGAACACUUAAAGUACGGAAGAUUAUUUGAAGUGGAUGUGCAUCCGAAUGGUGGCGCAUCUGUAAUACAUCUCUAUCAAGAUGAAUUGGAACAACUAUCUCCGGAACAGAUGGAGGAACUGGUGGAAGAAUUUUUCAAUGUUUGUUUCGCAGAAGACGAUCAGGGAUAUGCGUUGCAUGUAAUGGGCAUCGUGCAUGAUGCUGCACGUUACCUGCCCGAUUUAUUAGAACACAUGGCAGAAAAUUAUUCAACGCUAACCGUAAAAGCAGGUGUUCUGGGACGGAAUUCCGACAUUGAAACCUGCACAAUGGCGCAAUACAAUGAACAGGUUGUACGAAAUUACUCGCAAGGCACUUUUCGUUAUGGGCCAUUACACCAAAUCAGUUUGGUUGGUAAGGUGCACGAAGAGGUGGGCGGAUAUUUUCCCGAUUUGUUGGGGCGUAUUGAGUCGAAUCCUUUUCUGAAGAGGACCAUGCCCUGGGGCUCAUAUUCGGUUUUACAAACCGAUCCUCGUCUUUCCAAUGACGGACCUAUAUUGUGGGUACGUGCAGGCGAGCAAUUAGUGCCUACAGCAGAGCUGAACAGUAAAACACCACUGAAGCGUCAACGGACACGCAUAAAUGAGCUGCGAAAUCUGCAGUAUCUACCACGAUUAUCGGAAGCGAGAGAGACUAUGAUUGAGGAUCGCACAAAGGCACACGCGGAUCAUGUUGGGCAUGGUCACGAGCGAAAUACCACGGCUGCUGUGGGUAUACUUAAAGCGGUGCAUUGUGGCCAACCUUACACUCAUAAUCGUAUUACAAAGGACGUAGUGGCCUUUGCCGCUCAAGACUUCAAUUAUCUUGUCGAAGCUUUGCAACUCGAUUUGCAUGAGCCACCAAUAUCACAGUGCGUGCAGUGGACUGAGGAUGCCAAGCUCAAUCAGUUGCGACGUGAAGGCAUUCGUUAUUCUCGCAUUCAGCUAUGCGAUAAUGAUAUAUACUUUUUGCCGCGAAAUAUUAUACAUCAAUUCCGGACGGUUACAGCUGUUACCAGUAUUGCUUGGCACUUACGUUUGCGUCAGUAUUAUCCGGGGCAGGAGGUAAUUAACGAGAAGAAUAAUCCGGUGUUGGCAGAGCCACCACACUACAAAGAGAAGCAAACACUGUUGCCACAUCCUGUGUCGCACGACGAUCAUCAUGGCAAGCGCACACCGUGCAAACGUUCACACGAUGGUAAAACCAAGAAGACAAAGAUCAUCGACAUCGAUGGCAAAGAGCGGCGUUCAAGUGAAAGUGGCACUGAGGAUUCCAAUUCAAAAGACGGCUCGGAAUUUGCGGCAUCAACAGGCCGUAAGCGAAAAGCCGUCAGAGAUGAUGCCAGAAUCGAUAUGCGCAAAAUGGUACUCGAACACGAAUUAAACAAGUCGAUGACAGCGGGCAGUGGGCAAGACGAUGUGCCGGCUAUUUCAGCAAAUGACAGCGUUAGCACAGCCGGCAGUAGUAGCGCGUCUACUUCUACUACAACAACCGCAGUGGCAACUUUAGGUAAGAGCGCCAAUGAGAAACCUUUGAAAAAGCGCAAAGAGUCCAAGGAUAACACAUCUAAUGUAGAGGCUAUAAAACAAGAAAGACGAAGCAGCACUAACAGUAACAGUAAUAGUUUAAUGCAUAAAUUUAACGCUAACGGCGAUGUACCAAAUGAAACGCAACCCAAAAACUCCUACUUAAACUCAGUUACGAAAUCUCAAACGCAAACUUUCGUGCCUAGCGCACAAAAUGUCGUCCAAAAAACUAACUAUGAACUACUUAACAUAACGACGCCAGUAACACCAAAAAAUGCAGCGCUAGCAUCAGUUGCGUCCACACCAUCCACAUCACAAAAGAUACCCAAACUGCCGGAGCCGACAGUGCCUGCAACACCCUUGCCACUUGUGCCUCAAACGCCCUUUACACAUCGCGAGGCCUACGUUAACAGUCUAAAUCAAAAAGAACCCGAGAUCAAAAUUCAAGUACAAAUAAUAUCCGAUGAGCCUUCUCCUACCCCCUCCUCCAACGUCUCUGGCGCCAUCGGCACCACCAACAUCAAGGCAGCAUCAGCCAACGUACAAACGCAGCCACCACCAAUACCGCUGAUGCCGUAUACACCACAGGCAGUAUUGCCACUGCCCUCCACAGCACUGCUGCGACCAAAUGAUUAUGUAACCAAUUCGAUGUUGAAUGCCGCAACAGGAACGCAAAGUUGUACGCUGACUUCCCAAACGGAUACUAUCAAUGUACUUCCUGUUGUAACUGAGCCCGCAACGCUCUGCCAAGCCCAAUUGGUUGUCGAUCAUGAGGAAGAGGUGACCGUUUCCGAAGAGCUUAUUGCAGUGGCACCAUCACCAGCAAUGAAAGCAAUCGCUUCAGCACCAACGACGGAAGCGGCAAGUGCAACGAUGACAUAUCCGCCAUUACCGCCGGAAAUAGUACCACCAUUACCGCCACCACCACCAACACCAACACCAGUAACGCCGCUAGAAAACAAAACUGUGUUGCUCGCAGCACCACUCAUAUGCACAGGUAAUCAGCCAGCUAAAGCCGUAGCAAUAAUACCGCAAUCGACGAUAUCAACAAUACCAACACAUCAGGCGGCUGCGACGCUCAAAAAGAGUAAUAACACCUGUGCCACUGUUCGAAUGUCUGCUGGUACAGCGGAGCAACAAGUUGAACGAAAGGUGGCACACAAAAUCAUAAAGGUCGGAUCGAUAAGUAAGACACCAACGUCAGCACCAGCUGAUCUGCUUAGCUCCAUCAUGGCCAGCAUGGAUAAUAGUAAUGCGGCAACCACAUCGACACCCACCACACAUAACUACUCAUCAUCACUACACUAAAACGAUGGGCUAAUGGGCUAAGGUAGUUAACGAUAAGCGGGCGCAUUUUCGCCUGAGAUGAUGGAAGUGAAAUGAUUUAUUGUACUACCGAAAAGUUGAAGUGCUGAGCAGCUAUAAGGAAUAUCGAAACAAAUUUUUUAAUAGUGUAUAUUCUGCUUAAAAAGGAUAUAUUUGAUGUUCAAAUGCGUGUGGCACUUCAGCUUUUCAGUGUUCAGGCUAGCAACUGAAAAGUGCAUAAAAAAAUUACACCUAUGGAAGAAGAGAGAAAUUAUUGUUACAAUUGGCAACAUAUUUGUAAAUACUUUUUUAUUAUAUUAUCUAACAUUUCACAUAUAUUUAUGAGUAGCUUAACCUGAGUUGUAAGAGACUAGUUUUCCUUAAAUUAUCUAUGAUGAAAAAUUGUUUGAUUAUGUGCAACCACAUAUUUUUCUGCUUAACAUAAACGUAUGUAUAUGAGCGCACAUUCGCAGUUAAAUCAGUUUGGGCUUUCUAUUGAAAAGUAGCGACAAAAAUAUAUUUUCGAGUUCACUUAAUUUUUUUUUAACUAUGAAUGGGUACCAUUUAUGUUUGGUUUGCUAUUAGGUAAAGACAACAAACGAUUAACUAACACGAACACACACAUUUAGCAUAAUAAUUCGCUAUUACGGAUAUCAAACAGAUCUGAAAGUCCAGUAGAAGUAAACGGGGGAGAACUUUCAAAUGAGAUUUUCUAGAGAUUGUUGUUAUUUUUUUUAAUUUUUAAUUAAAUGUUAAAUAUUACAAGAAAGUACAUGUAUACAUAUAUACACGACGUAUGUAAAUAGAAUGUAGCGCAUAUUUUUUUUAUUGGGUUUUCUAAAAGAAAGGCUCGCAUUGAGAGGCUGCGGCGGCGUGUGCGGAAUUUAUUGUUUAUUAUUCAGUCACUGACGUCAAAUCAUCGUGGCAAGUUACACGAUUGGGCAGCACGCGCAAAUGUUCUUGUUGUUGUAGUUGGUGUUGUUUUACCAGAAUAAAGAUUCCACGUAAAUGUUUGGAAAAGCUGCUGUAGUGGCAUACUUUACCGUACGUAAAUUCGGUAACGUAGAAUCGACUGCCGUGCAAAUUAUACAACUUUCUUGAGAAUGUUGGGAGAGUAUGGCGGCUAUCACUCGAUCACAAUGGAUCGGCAACGGUCUAAGUGAGUUGGUCUAAAGACGGCUGCCACUUCUACUUAUCACUCGUAGUAGUGAUGUGAAUUGGAAUUUUGCGAUUUGACGUCGCUAGACUUUGGCUUUGGGGUUUUAUAAAGUCGCAGGUCUACGCCAACAAGCCUCAACCGAUCGAUGCUCUCAAAGUCAACGUACUCCAGGCCAUUGCUCAAAUUCAGACGGGUCAUUGAAAAUUGGACCUCUCCCAUCUGUGCCACCGUGCGGUGUAACAGCGGGCAUUUGAAAAAUUUCAUAUGCCAUACAUUCUGAAAGAAUUUCGUUGUUGUCUCAGAAACAACUUGUUUUAUUCCAUUUCGACUUGCACCUUUGGAAAACCUUACAGUUGUAUGUGGGUUAGUUAGUUAGUUGAAUUGGUGAUUCACUAAUAAUCCAAUUAGUGUUCCGCACGAUUUGGUUGUCACAUCCUCGCUAUCAACAAGUUAUAUGAUUAUUUCUUCACGACUAUAUCCAGUCUGUGCGAUUGAAAAACCUUAUAAGGUUUUUUACGUCUAUGCCGGCCAGCUCUUCGAGGAUUUGAAAAAGCGGUUAGCCAAGGGUUGACAUCCUUGCUUUCCAUAGGGCAGGGCAUUCACAAAGGAAGUGUAAUGUAGUAUUCGUUUUCUCCGCUUGAGUAUAACUAUAUUGGCAGUCAAUACAAAAAAUAUUAAUGAAAACGUGAAUCAUAUCAAAAAUAGAUCUUCAUUACAUUUUCAUAAUGGCUUCAUGUAACAGUCAAAAGGAAGAAAGGAAUAUAGAGGCAUAAGGGCUAUAUCCCUGCAUACUAUCACAAUCGGCUAUGGGCCAGAGUCUCCCGUAGGACAACCGCUUCAACCUAACCUAACCCUGCAAACUCGAAAUUUUUCUAAAAAUUCUGCUUAAAAAGUUUACAAUCUUGUUGAAAAUUUGUUGAUUUGUUUUUUUUUUUUUAAUUUGCACAAAGUUUGAAACUUGGAAUUGUGUAUAUGGUUUUUGUAGUAAACAGAAAAAACAGAGACUUGCAUUUCGCAUGCCUGUCUCGCCAUAAAGUUGUUGUAUUGAUUGAAAUUGAAUAUGAAUUUGGAUAUUUAGAUGGCGGCUGCAGCAAUCGAGUGUAUUUGUGCGUAGUUUCUGGAUUCGUUGACAACUGCGCGCAUACAACUUUUUUGUUUUUGUGCUACUAUUUGAAUGACGGGAUAAAAAUCCACAAAUUGCUUGGGUAUUCCACUUUAUUUUAUUUUAAAAUCAAACUGCUUGUCUGUCCGUUUUUACGGCAGCUCCUUCUUAAAUUUAUGAAUCUUCAAAACGCCGGGUAGGCACGUGCGCCAACGCGACUGUUGCUUUGCGAAAAACUGAAAACAUUUUUUAGGUCGACCGAUAGACCUCCAAGGGUGUUGCCUGUGAUUAAAACCAUUUGCCUUACGUAGAUGGCACAAAACUGGAACAACUCUUGUGGGGCGAAAAUAACUUUGUCCUACCAUUUUUUAAGAAUGGUAACGGCAAUUUAUUUAUUAUUUUUUUAUUUUAUAUAAUUUAUUUGUACAAUAAAUUAAAUAACCUACAAAAAUAAUACUUGCACCGCUGGCAUACUCUUCAGAUGCCCCUUGCAACUUAUCCGAAGAAAUUUAUGAAUUACUUUAGCGAUCGGUCAAAAUCCUUCUGAGCAAAUCAAUCUGUUUCAGAAAGCUAUACAUUAAUUGUACAUUUUUAACAAUGUAAUUUUAUAGCAUCGCGAUGGGGUCUGCGUAUUACGAAAUCUCUUGUCGACGUGCAACUAUUGUUGGACAGAUUAGGAUGUGUCUAGGCGUUGCGGCUUCCGCGCAGAACCAACAAGUGUCGCUCAAGGAUCGUUGUAAUACAUGAGCAUGGGUUAUAAUUGUUAGUCAAUUCGCUUACUAGUAAAGGGCCUUACCACACGGGGAGGUAUGUUUGGGACGUAGGCUGGCCUUUUUUUUUGCUUGGGUUGAUUUCAGAGUAGUGAUGGGCGUACAUUGCCCAGUCUAUGGUUAGUCGUCUUUGUCUUGUUACCUCGGUAAAUAUGUCUCACUUAGAUGAGGCGUCAUACAUUAGUGAGGGUGUGAUGGGGAUGUUUUUGGUUGCGGCAUCACAUCCUAUGUGCCCGGGGACUCAAUGGUUUAUUAUUUAUGGAUAGGUAAUCAUCCAUUACCCUCACCCAUUCGCCUCACAGUACAGUGCAGUUUCACAUAGUUUAUGAAUUUCAAGAAUUAUUUAUUGCGAUAUAAAUUUAAUGCUAUGAGAAAAUUGUCUUCUAGUUUUAUGGAAAAAGUGGCUUGCUUUUAUCGAAUAUGGGCCAAUAUUGAGGCAAUAACGACACACUUUAUUUAAUUCGUAUGCAAAAGAAAUCUCAAGAGUGGUAUAUCUAAAUGAUUUGGUUCAAAUUCGAUGCAUAGAAUUAAAUGAGUGCUGAUAAAUUUUUAUAUAUUACAAUAAUUUAAAAUUAUUGUUAAUUUUAUGAAAUGGCUUCUUGGCACAAGUCUCGCUAGAUAAUAAGAAUAAUCGCGAGCUUUUUUUCUCUAAAAUAGUCUUCUUUUUUACAAGUUGCUCGUGGUGUUGUUAUUAUUAAAGGGGACCCAUUCCCCAUUCAACAACGACAGUUAGUUUUUGUAACAGCAUAAAACCCUCCUCAAAUUGUUGGGGACGCUGCUAAAGUAACAGCCCAUUUUAGGUUUGGACUUGGUGAACUGGGUUUGGAUAGUGUAUUGUGAUGAGUAGAAGGAGGUCAGGUCAGAAGGUCGAAGCGCAAACCUUCAAUUCUAUUCUAUAACAGUCCAUCUUGGGUUUACUUAGGGAACUAGGUUUGGAUGAGGUAUUGUGAUGCGUAAAAGGCACAAAAGAUCAGGAGGUCAAAGCGCAAACCUUCAAUUCUAUUCUAUAACAGUCCAUCUUGGGUUUACUUAGGGAACUAGGUUUGGAUGAGGUAUUGUGAUGCGUAAAAGGCACAAAAGAUCAGGAGGUCAAAGCGCAAACCUUCAAUUCUAUUCUAUAACAGUCCAUCUUGGGUUUACUUAGGGAACUAGGUUUGGAUGAGGUAUUGUGAUGCGUAAAAGGCACAAAAGAUCAGGAGGUCAAAGCGCAAACCUUCAAUUCUAUUCUAUAACAGUCCAUCUUGGGUUUACUUAGGGAACUAGGUUUGGAUGAGGUAUUGUGAUGAGUAGAAGGAAAACAGACAGGGAGAUCGAAGUACAAACCUUCAAUUAUUCAAUUCUAUAACAACCCAUCUUAGGUUUCCUUAGUGAACUGGGUUUGGAUGAGGUAUUGUGAUGAGUAGAAGGCACAAAAGACUUGACGAUCGAAGUGCAAACCUUCAGUUAUUCAAUUCUAUAGCAGUCGAUCUUAGAUUUCCGUGGUGAACUGGGUUGGCAUGAGGUAUUGUGAUGAGUAGAAGGCAAACAAACAGGGAGAUCGAAGUGCAAACCUUCAAUUCUAUUCUAUAACAGCCCAUCUUAGGUUUACUUAGGGAACUAGGUUUGGAUGAGGUAUUUUGAUGAGUAAAGUGCACAAAAGACUUUUAGGAUGAAAUGCAAAUUUUCAGUUAUUAAAUUCUACUUCAGUUCUUGACCGUAUAAAAAUCUGUGUCGCUCCGGUAAAGUGGCUUUUAUGGGAUUAAGAUCUACGGAUGGUUAGCAUAAGAAAAAGCUAGGCAAACGAUGGAUGGAUAAACAGUAAAUAUAUUCAAUAUGCGUCGCCUAUAAGGAGAGUGGUUCCACCGAACUUGAAAUAAUUUUUCAUAUACAUACAUACAAUAUUUUACUGCGAUUUAAGAAAAAAAAGUUUUUGUUUGAAAGUUUUCAUGCCGUUGUAUUCUCAAUUGACCUGCAUAUAUGAAUGUAUUUUGAAAGGAUUUGACUAUCAGAUUUUAAAUACGCGUAUGCAUACAUACAUAAAUAUACUUAAACAAAUAAAUAAAUAUAUUUAAUUUUUAAAUGCACCAUCUAUUUACACAAUAACUCAUUAAGAAGCACCCCAUUGCUAGUGCAAGAAAUUGGGCGAAAUGCGGGAGGCGGUGUGUAUUUGUAGGCGUCUAAGUUGUUAAAUUGCAUUAGUUGCAAAAAUCGCAGGUCUGCAUAUAAAAAACAUAUUUGUUUAAUUGUAUUUCGUUUUUUGUUUUCUGUGGCAAUUAGUUUACAUAUAUACAUAAAUAUUUACAUUUGCAUAUAUGCGUGGUACCUACAUAUAUUUUGUUGUAUAUCCCUAUGUGAAACGCGCAUACAUACAUGUUUACAUAAAUACACGCCCACAUAUAGUAUGUACAUACAUACAUACGUACGUACGUACGUACAUGCAUAGUAAGUGUUAUGUAUGAAUUGCGCAUCCCAUACAUACAUACAUAUGUACAGAAACAAUUAAUUACCUACAGAAAUACAAUACAUAUACAUAUAUACUUAUAUUACAUAUACAUACUUACAUACAUAUAUUAAAUAUAGAUGAAAGAUUAGCAAAUAAAGUUUUAUUAAUACGUCAA